AUGUCAAUCGUGAAAUCUUCAAAAAACAAGGAUCAACUUUUACUUAGUGGUUAUCGUUAUCGUCGUGCAAAUAAAUCUCAAAUUAUUUGGCGUUGUUGUCGAAAUGACUGUGCUGGUCGUGUACGUUUUGAUGGAACAGGUUAUAUUAAAGUUACGGAUCAUCUUCAUGCACCAAAUCCUGAAGAAACAAUAUCAAUGGAAUUCAACUCAAAUAUCAGUUCUGGUGCAACAAUAUCGCAUGAUCCACCACGACCUCGAUCAACAACACCACCACCCAGUGCAGCCUUGGCGACAUGCAAUCCAAUUCUUUGUAAACCGUCAUCGUUGCCUUGUUCUUCGAACCUUGAUUGUGAAUGUUUUUCAUUGACCAAUACCGUUAAUGGAACUAUCUCGGGCAUUUGUGCUGUUGCCGAUCUUUCUUGCACUUCCAUGGUUCGAUGUAAUUCAGACAAUGUUACAUGUUCAAUCGCAUAUACAAUGUGUGUUAACAGUACACGAUGUCAACAACCCGUUUGUUAUCCAAUAGCAUUGGCUAAUAUUCAAAUAUGUCCUCCAAGUGCGUAA